UCUCACAUUGAUUAUCAAAGGGUCAGCUACGUCUCCUUAUGCACAUAUUUUGAAGGUGUAAAGUUCUCGGAACUCCAGACUUCCCAUACAGGAAGUUGUGUACAAAUAAGCUAUGGGUUAGGUGACAGUUUCGGCUCUUGGCUGAAGUAGUGAAUGAAAGCUUCAGUGCACCGUGAAACGUUUUCUUCAGUAAAUAUCUAAGUGGCUACAUUAAUAUUCAUUUGUGCCUGGGAAGGACACUCGUCCCUAGUAGGACUUCUAUUAUGUUUGUGAACAUUACUAUCAAUAACUGGAAACUCGCUUUACAGUAAUGUUUUGAAAGAUCUUUAAGAUAAAUAGUUAUCUUUAUUAUAGUUAUUACGUUGGUAGACCUCAAAGAGAUGAAUAUGAAUGUGGUUUUAAACAUUUAUAAUUGCACGUUUACUUCCUUUAAAGGUAGCUACUAUUUAGGCUACAUAGCUACUUGAAUGCUUAGAACGGUGUUGAAAAAUUGGACUUCGGGUUGGAAAGGGUCAGUAAUUCUCACGGGCUACCAGUAUAAGACAAUCAUGUCCCGUCAAUUGCACGCGCGCAGGGUUGAAGGAUUCGACAAGAACAUUUGGGUGGAAUUUACACAGCUAAUUUCUGAUUACAAGGUGGUGAACCUUGGUCAGGGAUUCCCUGACUUUGGCCCUCCCAGUUUUAUGCAGGAGGCUUACUGCAAUGCCAUCUGUGGAGGUGCCUCUAUGCACCAAUACACACGGGCCUUUGGUUAUCCACGUCUUGUCAAGAUCAUUGCAAAGUUUUUUGGGAGGAUCAUGGGCCGGGAAAUAGACCCGAUGGAAGAGGUCCUGAUCACUGUGGGAGCUUAUCACGCUCUCUUCUGUACCUUUCAGGCUCUGGUUGAUGAGGGUGAUGAGGUGAUCAUAGUGGAGCCUUUCUUUGACUGCUAUGAGCCAAUGGUGAUGAUGGCAGGGGGAACACCUGUCUAUAUACCCCUCAAACCUAAAGAAGUCACUGGUUCAGCUUUAUCUAGUGCUGACUGGUUAUUAUGUCCUGAAGAAGUGGCCAGUAAAUUUAAUCCUCGCACGAAAGCCAUUGUUAUCAACACCCCCAAUAACCCAUUAGGCAAGGUCUUUCAGAGGGAUGAGUUGCAGAUGAUAGCUGACUUGUGUAUAAAGCAUGAUGUACUUUGCAUCAGUGACGAGGUGUAUGAAUGGCUCACAUAUGAUGGAGAACACCAUAUUAAAAUAGCAAGCCUUCCUGGCAUGUGGGAGCGCACAGUCACCAUUGGGAGUGCAGGCAAGAGUUUCUGUGCCACAGGCUGGAAGGUGGGCUGGGCAAUGUGCUCAGGGCACAUCCUGAAGCACCUGAAAACCUUCCACCAGAACUCCGUGUACCACUGUCCCACUGCUCCUCAGGAGGCAGUUGCGGUGGGCUUUCAGAGGGAGUACGAUGUGUUUGGCACAGAGGAGAGCUACUUCAGGCAGCUGCCUGCCCAGCUCCAUGCCAAACGCCUUAAGCUGGCCAAGAGUCUGAGGAGUGUGGGCCUGCAGCCCAUUCUGCCGCAGGGAGGCUACUUCAUGACCACAGACAUCUCCUCUCUGAAGGUUGAACUGAAUGACCCAGACACAAAGGACGAACCCUACGACUACAGAUUUGUCAAAUGGCUUAUAAAAGAAAAGGGUUUGGCUGCUAUCCCUGUAUCUGGAUUUUAUAGCCCAGAGCACAGAGCAGACUUCCAGAAUUACAUUCGAUUCUGCUUUGUCAAGGAGGACUCAACCUUGGAAGCAGCAGAAGAUAUUCUGAGACAGUGGAAUGUCAAAAAAUGAUUGCUGAUCAAUUCUAGAAAAGUAUUAAACCAACAGCUGGACUGGAGUAUUGACUGGAGAAUUCAAAUCACUUUAUUUUUAACUAUUACUUGAUCACUUGUCAAAGACAGAUGAGAAAAUAGUGAUCCCAAAUGACCUUUGCACAGUAUUUCUGACUUGAAUCAGAACAUACUUUUUAUUAAGCAGUUUGAUUCAUAUAGAUGUAGAAGAUUCUCAUUUUAUUUUAUUCUUGAAUAGAUGACUUGGAAAUUCUUGGAUAGAUGACUUAUUGUCUGUCCAAAGGUAUAUUUUUUCAUAUUUCUUAUGGCUAAUUGUUUUCAUGUGAAUCAAACUGACAUUGAUUACAAAGCAUUCUGAAAUGCAGCAGUAGCCAACAGAUGUCACCAUGUCACUUAGGUGUUAAGGUGUGAAUGUUAAAGGUAACUAGGGUGUAUGCUUUUUUCCCCCCAACAAGAGAGAGUUGCAUCUAAUAAACACCAGUGGACAUUGCUUCUUAGACAGCUGCUGAAUUGACAUAUAUUAAAAAUAGAUAUGCCUAAAGUAUGGCUCAAGAAAACAUUUUUUAAACAGAUAAUCUCUUAACUGAAUUUCUUUCAUUUACACUUACAAUUGUUGAGUUACUCGUGUGAUGUGCAAGAUAAGGAUUUUGCUUGUUGGUAAACACUAUUAUGCCAUCCAUUAUCUUUCCAUACACCAAAUUGUAGUAGCAAUAGUAGUAGUCUGUUUGUUUGUAAUAUUAUCAACUACUUACUAUUAAAACUACUUAAUAUAUGUAGUAGUUUUUAGAUUUAAAAAUAGCAUUAAUGUGAAUAAUCACAACUACAAUCUGGUUCACACUAACUGGAAUUAAAUAAAGCUUUUAUUGUUCCUGCAUUGCACAUUUAAAAGUCUCCAAAGGUCUGUGUCUGUAAUGCAAUGAAUUUGGGUAAGAUCUGUAACUGAACUGCGUUAAUCGGUGCAGAACACCUUAGAGUUACAGAAGUUAGGGUGUGUAUUUAUAUAUGUUCAAAAGUAAAAGAUAAACAUGAAAUAAAUAGUUUUGAAUGGUA